ACCUUGAUCUGCAUCAACUCUCUCUUUCGGACUCGCGCUUCUUUUGGGGGAUGAUUGUACUUGGGCGCAAUCUUACUACUGAUCUCCGUGCUGUCUGUCAUGUGCUCGGUCGAUAGAAUACUUUCUCGAUCGACCUCGAUCCUCAUCCCCGUAUCCUCCUGUUGUCCCCUUAUUGAUUACAGAGGAUGAAUCCCGAGAGUAACUCGAACAACUCGAGUUCAGCUGGUCCGGCGACGCCCUCCAACAGCAGAAAGGAGCGGGGUGCGAUAGCAGCCCAGGCUUGUGAAUCUUGCAGACAACGCAAACAAAGAUGUAGUGAAGAGAGACCGAAAUGCGCUACUUGUCAGCGAAUGAAUCUGGAAUGCAAAUAUCGAGAACCUCAACCCACGAAGAAAGAUAAGACCCUUAUUGAGAUAUUAGAACGACUGAAAAGCCUCGAGGGAGGGCUGAGAAAUCUUGAUGGGAAGGUCGAUAGCCUCAAUGUCCGAGGCACGUUGCCCCUGUCUAUUUAUGGCCCUAUCCAAUCCAAUCCCCCUCCUGCGGCGCUAGAUGCUAGCCGGUCUAGUGCGUGGCCUCCUCCAAGCGUCCCUCUUCAACCCCCGGCAAUCUCCCCAGCAUCACCCCAGGAUGUUCAGUAUGUCUCUGCUACUCAUAAAAUGCUAUCAUGGCCCGUCGUACAGCAGGUUCUCGAGAGCAAAGUCCCGGGCCUCGACCUCGCCAGUUUGGAAAAGGAUGGAGCGGCUAUGUUGUUAGGGUUACAGGGUAGAGCAACGUCCCUACCAACUAACAUAUACGAAUCCCUUCACAUCGGCACGGAGGGAACGUCGUUGCCCAUGCAAGUUACAACGAGCCAAAUCGACGGACUGCAGACAGGAGGCCUGAGCUGGGAAACGAUGCAGCGGCUUACUAAAUCGUAUUUCGACACGUUCAAUUUAAUCUAUCCGAUUAUGGAUCGGCAAGCAUUCCAAUCCGAAAUCAUACCCACUAUUGCGAGUCGCGGCCUUGAUGAAAGUAGCUCUUCGACGUUAGCGUGCUUGGUAUUUGCUCUGGGCGAAGUCGCCAUCAACGCCGUACAGGGCGCUCCUAUCAGGAUACACAAGGGCCGUAAUAGCGGUGUUAGGGGAGGGACUAUAGAAAGACCGCCAGGAUUACAGUUCUUCAACGAGGCUAGAAGACGAAUGGGGUUCAAUUUGACUGAAUGUAGUCUGGAAAAUGUGCAGAUAUUCGCAUUGGCUGCCAUUUACUACGGGACAUGUUGCCAUCAUCUAGAAUUUUGGCGUAUGAAUACAUCGGCGUCAUUAGCAUGCCAAGCGCUAUUAACGAGUAAUCCGGAAGAACUGACAACUCACCGAGGCGAUUUGGUUCGAAGAGCUUUUUGGCACUGCUCUAUUAUGGAGACGUGCUUGAACAUGGAACUGAACAUCCCUCGGACUGGGCUUGAUAAAUUAGAGUCGCUGGUUGGGCUUCCCGAUUUUAGCGGCUCUUUUUCCGAGGAGGAUUAUGUCGGGAACCAGGCAUCUCACUUUCAAGAGCACUUUGCGUCACAGAUAGUACUUCGGCGGCUGUCUGUGGAGUUUCAUACUACAUUGACCAACGCUUUCGGACCAACACACGUUCCGGUCGAAGCUUCAAUGUCCCCGUCGGCUGUUAUGAUGAAGCAGAUGGCUGCGCAGCUGGACCAAUGGAGAGGGUUGCUACCCGUUUAUCUGCGUUGGGAGGAAGAGAACCCGGGUGCUUUCCCAAACCCUACCGGAGAGUUAUAUGACGAUCAGUCGAUGUACCCACCACCUAUCCCAGACCUCCAUACGAAUUUUAUGUUCACGGCCGACCUAGAUAACACUCCAGUAAGUUAUCCUUACGCCGCAGACAUACAAGCAGCCAGCCUCAGGACACGAUAUUAUUACGUUAAGUAUAUUAUUUAUAGGCCGUUCGUCUUCAAGGCCCUGCACCAUCCAGAGCAGGUUACACGGGAUGACGCGGAGGCGAUCGCGGAAUGCCUCAAAGCUAUGCUGAAAUGGCCGAUUACAAUGUCGCCUACCUGCUUCCACAAGAGAUUAAUCCCGUGCUUAUUUUUCUGGUCGCAAAACCUCCUUGGUGUCCUCCUUGUAUUGCAUCUAACACAACAAGUACCGAUCCUAAUGCGGAUAAGGGCGUCACUGAUGGGGACUAAAUUUGAUCAGGAUGCUAGCGAAACAGUCAUGCUAUGUAUCGACUGGAUAAGGGACCUUAAAGAUACGGAUGCGACUGCUUUAUGGUGCUGGGAGAUUGUAAAGGGUAUCUACGCUCUAGGGGAUGAUACGUGAUCCGACGGUUUCUUCCCCAACCCCUUUUUGUCUUCAGAUUGGUUUUUUUUUUUUUUUUUUUUGGAUCGGCGGGUUUCUUGGGUUAUAUCACGGGGCAUAUAGCAACAGCAAUUUGGAACCAGCUGAGAGCUUCAUGAACUGGACCUACUAUUAGUUAGGGAAUCAUCAUAUAUUAUUGAGGAUUACUGGCGCUGGGGGCUUGUGUGCCAUAGGAGAUUCUAACAAAGUAUGUACGGGUGAAUAUGCGCAUUGCAGGCGAAAGAACGAAGAUCGUCUGGGUUCGAAGAAUAUCGCACUAAAUCAUGUGUCUGACUUGUAUCUGCCAAUUGACUGUUAUGUUGUCGGGACCUGGCUACAUUACCCUCGACCUCAUUCCUUGCUUGCGCCACCGGAAGAUGUCAUCCUAUUG